AAUAUUGAGCGGCUGCUUGACCCGUUUUUAAACUUUAGACAUUAUAAUCGACCCAGAAACUGUCCCAACGUUCUGCCAAAACCCUAUAAACUAAUCGUCCCGUUUUUAGCUCUUCCGCCUCUGACCGUCGUGGCCGCAGAUCGGAGCUCCAGUGACUCUGCGGAUAUGGAGAAACCUCUGGUGGCGCUCGAUAAAGGCACCACUUGCUCUUCUUGGAACUACUGCGGCCAGAGAUUAGCCACUGGCUCCGUCGACGGAACUCUCGUCGUCUUCGACUCGCGCGACCCGUGCUCUUCCUCCUUGUCCUGCACCUCAAAAUCCAAGGUGCACGAGGCUGCUGGCAUUGUGAAAAUUGCUUGGGUUCCGCCGGAAUACGGUGACGCAGUGGCGUGUGUUUGCACAGAUGGGACUUUGUCAUUGUGGGAGGAAGUUGCUGAAGAUGCUCAACCUCUUCAAUGGAAGCUGUGCACAAGCUUUAACAGCGGUUCGGCUCAACUGCUAGAUACCCAGUUUGGAGUCUCAGCGGCAGGUUUAAAAAUGGUCACUGCAUAUUCAGAUGGCCGUGUCAAGGUUUAUGAGCUACUGGAUCCCUUGGAACUGAAGAAUUGGCAACUUCAGGCUGAAUUUCAGAAUGUUAUUGAUUCGGUGUCUACAGUUGGCCCUGCCAUGUGCUUAUCUGCAUCUAUAUCUUGGAAUCCACAAGGAGGAGAAAGCCAGGAAUCAAGUUUUGUUUUGGGUUUCAGUUCAAACACACCACAACUUAAUUCCGCCAAGGUAUGGGAAUUUGAUCAGGCUCAUCAAAGAUGGCUCCCAGUUGCAGAGUUGGCCUCGCCUGGUGACAACGAUAAUCAGGUUUAUGCAGUUGCGUGGGCAACGAACAUUGGAAGGCCGUAUGAGGUAAUUGCCGUUGCCACUCACAAGGGAAUAUCAAUAUGGCAUCUUGGGCUAAACCCUGACUCUGAUGGAAGACUCUCAUUGGAGAAGAUUGGAGUACUUUCGGGUCACAAAGGCGAGGUCUGGCAGAUGGAAUGGGACAUGAGUGGAAUGACAUUGGCGACCACCGGGAAUGAUGGGUCAGUGCGGUUGUGGCAGUCUAGUUUGAACGGAGUUUGGCAUGAAGAGGCUACUUUUGAACCCACGUUGUAGUCCCUCAGUUUUUACAUGUUAGUGAAUUCACUGUUCGAACUUUAUUGAUUGUAACUUUACAUAUUGGUUCAAAUGAUUCACAGUUGAAAUUUGAUGUUGGAAAUUGGGAAUCA